CGAUUAUUAAACUGAAGUUACAUUUUAACUAGCUAAAAUACCUUCUAAAAAAAGAUAAUAAUAAAGUUUUGUGACAUCAGUCAGUGCAAAGUGGUUGUAACUAAGCUCUUGUGAAAGUGAAUAAUAUUAGUGCAUUCAAGAUUACAACAACACGAUGCGCUUGAACGAGCAUCUCCAGCUGGUUGGUACCAACGUUAUAUUGGUUCCGUACGAGGCAAAACACGUCCAAAAGUACCACCGCUGGAUGCAAAGCGAGGAGCUACAAGAACUUACCGCGUCGGAACCCCUCACUUUGGAGCAAGAGUACGCCAUGCAGCAGUCUUGGCGCGAAGAUGGCGACAAAUGCACCUUCCUGAUCCUGGACAAAGCGAUUUUCAAUCAAACGGGCGACGAAAUCGCUGCUCUAAUCGGAGACACCAACAUAUUCCUGCUUCCUCCGGAUGACGACGGAGAUGACGAUCUAAAAACGGGUGAGAUUGAAAUCAUGAUCGCCGAACAGCCUGCCCGGGGGAAACGUUACGGUUGGGAGUCCACCCUGCUGAUGCUGGCGUUUGGCGCCAAAAAGCUAGCCAUUCGACGGUUCCGAGCGAUUACGAAGGACAGCAACGCCAAAGCGAUCCGGAUGUUCACCAAGAUAGGCUUCCGGGAGGUGAAACGAGUCGCCGUAUUUCAGGAGGUUACAUUUGAGAAGCAGGUGGACGCGGCUUGGCUCGAGUGGAUCGAGCGGGAAGUUUCUCUAGUAAUUGAACCGUAUCGCAAUGAGUGAAGCGAUGUGUGUUGAAAGAUUACUUUUAUUACAUGUAAAUCGGCUUUUUUAGGUGCUGCUCGCGUUGAACUUUCCCUUCUCCAACUAGCUAGCUUGCAUUAGUCUCUUGUUUGCAACCGUCAAUCUUUGUUCUAACCUAAUCAGAGCUAUUUUCUAUGUACCUUCGCGCCUUUCUUUUUAUCUCUCUUUCCUUACAAAACUACACCAGCUCAAACUAGCACAAUUGUUCGAUUCGUUCGUAUUAGCUAUUUUUGGCAAACUAUUACUUUUGUCCUCUUUUCUUUUCUUUCCGCCCUUUUCCUGCACAUUUUCGACUAUUGAUUAAUACACAAGACAUAAACAAAAUAUGCGCGCUUCAAAAUAAAAAGUAGAACGAUUAUUGCAAUAAAAAGAAGAACGAUUAUUGCAGAUAUUAUUUUUGAGUACGUGAGAGGGGGAAAUGAUUCGGAGUGUGAUCUUAUGAAUCUACUAGCUACACCGGUUCCCAGCUUUCGACAAAAUAAACAGAGCUUGUAUACUUGUGACACUGAACAAAACAAAAAA